AAAGUAUUGCCUUGUUAAUUUACUGUGUCUGGUGAAGUCGCCUUGCCCUUUGAUUCGGGGGUGGAUCACGUUCACCAGGAGGCCGUUCCUGAGCUCGCAUAGGCAAUUGGCUGCCCGUGCACCCUCUGACUCCGCAUAUCAUGCGGUCUGAUUAGAGAGGAGGAGAAUACGCACUCUCUCACUCACACAGACACACACACACACAAGCACACAACCUCCAGCCAACGAGAUGUCCCGUGUGCACCGGAACCAGAGGACCUUGCGUGGUGUCGCCAAUCAUCUCCACGGCUGAAGAUUAACGAGGUUAUCCUUUUAGCAGUGUACGACUCGUCCUUUGCAGUGAGACGCAGUGCUUCUGUCUCUCUGCGUGUAGCCUGUGUGUGUGUAUGAGAGAGAGAGAUCCUGUGUCUAACCGAGGCGGAGAGGAAGCGACUUACUGACUGCCGCGUUGGACCAGCGAAGCUUGAAUCAUGACGGAAAAACGGAUGUCUCGCUGGUAUUUCGGGGGUAUCGCCUCGUGCGGAGCUGCUUGCUGCACUCACCCGCUGGAUCUGGUGAAGGUGCACCUGCAGACACAGCAGGAGGUAAAGAUGAAGAUGGUCGGCAUGGCGAUGCAAGUGGUGAAGAACGACGGUGUCUUGGCCCUCUACAAUGGACUCAGUGCCUCCCUCUGCAGACAAAUGUCUUACUCACUGACGCGGUUCGCCAUCUAUGAGACUGUGAGGGACAUGCUGGGCAGCAGCUCCCAGGGGCCCAUGCCCUUCUACCAGAAAGUCAUGCUGGGGGCCUUUGGAGGCUUCACUGGAGGCUUCAUCGGGACUCCUGCUGAUAUGGUCAAUGUGAGAAUGCAGAACGAUGUGAAACUUCCCCCAGAGCUGAGGAGAAACUAUAAACAUGCUCUGGAUGGACUCUACAGAGUGUUCAGGGAAGAGGGUGUGAAGAGGCUGUUUUCGGGGGCCACCAUGGCCUCAAGCAGAGGAGCUCUGGUCACCGUAGGGCAGCUGGCCUGUUAUGACCAGGCAAAGCAGCUGGUCCUGGGCACUGGUCUCCUAGGAGACAACGUCCUCACCCACUUCCUGUCCAGCUUCAUUGCUGGAGGGUGUGCUACAGUCCUCUGUCAACCAUUGGACGUGAUGAAGACCAGGCUGAUGAACUCUAAAGGAGAAUACACGUCGGUGACUCACUGCUUGAAGGAGACGGCCAAAUUGGGACCACAAGGGUUUUAUAAGGGUCUGGUUCCGGCAGGGAUUCGGCUGAUCCCGCACACGGUGCUCACCUUCCUAUUCCUGGAGCAGCUCAAGAAUCGCUUCGGCAUCAUCGUGGUUAGCUGAGCCUGGGCGGCUCCGCUGUGAACUCUGAUUUACAAGGAACACAUAUGCAUAGACACACUACACAGACAAUCACACACACACACACACACACACACACACACACACACACACACACACACACACACACACACAUUAGUACACACAUAGAAAGAUAUAUUUUUGGAAUUGGAAUAACUGGAAAUAAGGGGAAUGUACCACUCCUCUACCUCUUCAUAUUGACUCAUGUGCACACACACACACACACACACACACACACACACACACACAUCUUGCGAGAGCAGCCAUCGUGUGCUAGGCCCCUGUGGCUGUGCAUCUCUGCACGUGUGCCAUGUAAGCUCAAAGAUGCGCACACAUCCACACACACACACACACACACACACACACACACACACUCACUUAUCCACACACUAAAGUGAGCGGAGAGUCUUUACACUACAUCUGCAGAAGUGUAUCAUCUCUCUCCCUCUACACCAUAUGUACUAUCAUGCAUGCCAUAAUAUGGGACCUGAUUCAGACAUAUUACUUCAUAAAGCCAAGUAUUUCUUAUAAAACUUAAAGGUGCAGUGGCAAGGAUUUAGUGGAGAACCUACGGUGGCCUGCAGGUGCCAUAAAACCCUUGAAACGUGGCCGAUUAUGCCCUAAUGAAAGCAUAAUUAUGAAUGCUAUCUUCAAUUUCUGCUAAUGUAUCCCAAUAAGUCUAACACACUGCACCUUUAGUCUUGAGCGGGGGGCCCAAACAGUAGCUGAUGUCAGACUGGAUCCCACAGAUCAUCCUCUGCUGUCGCCAUGGCUACAGUUUGACUGACAGCUCUCUGAGUUAAAUUUUUUUUUUUCACUGCCCAGACCACACGUCACACGUCACACACACACACACACACACGCACACAGGUCUCCCGCAUUUUGAUAUCUCUCUCCACACACGAUGAUUGUAGAGCCAGUUUCCUUAUGAGUAUUUGAUUAUUAUGUUUGCUGUAGUCGUGUUAAUGCUGUAGCAUCAUCAGGGACAUUCGGUCUCGCCAGAGACAUACCCCCCCCCCCCCCCCCC